AUGUACCAGCACAUGUACGAACGAAAGGUGUUGCUCCAGCCUCCCGCCCUCAGUGUUGCUCCAGCCUCCCGCCCUCAGUCCAGCCUCCCGCCCUCGGUGUUGCUCCAGCCUCCCGUCAGUGUUGCUCCAGCCUCCCGCCCUCAGUGUUGCCUCCCGCCUCCCGCCCUCAGUGUUGCUCCAGCCUCCCGCCCUCCUGUAUCCAGCCUCCCGCCCUCGCUCCAGCCUCCCGCCCUCAGUGCCUCCCGCCCUCAGUGUUGCUCCAGCCUCCCGCCCUCAGUGUUGCUCCAGCCUCCCGCCCUCAGCUCCAGCCUCCCGCCCUCCUCCAGCCUCCCGCCCUCGGUGUUCUCCAGCCUCCCGCCGUCAGUGUUCUCCAGCCUCCCGCCCUCGGUGUUCUCCAGCCUCCCGCCCUCAGUGUUGCUCCAGCCUCCCGCCCUCGGUGUUCUCCAGCCUCCCGCCCUCAGUGUUCUCCAGCCUCCCGCCCUCGGUGUUCUCCAGCCUCCCGCCCUCUGUUGCUCCAGCCUCCCGUUCUCCAGCCUUGCUCCAGCCUCCCGCCCUCGGUGUUCUCCAGCCUCCCGCCCUCGGUGUUGCUCCAGCCUCCCGCCCUCGGUGUUCCAGCUCCAGCCUCCCGCCUCCCGCCCUCCUCCAGCCUCCCGCCCUCUCCAGCCUCCCGCCCUCGGUGUUCUCCAGCCUCCCGCCCUCCGUGUUCUCCAGCCUCCCGCCCUCUCCCGCCCUCAGUGUUCUCCAGCCUCCCGCCCUCCCGUAUCUCCUCGGUGUUGCUCCAGCCUCCCGCCCUCUCCAGUGUUCUCCAGCCUCCCGCCCUCCCGUAUCUCCUCGGUGUUCUCCAGCCUCCCAACCUCCUGUAUCUCCCCUCCCGCCCUCGGUGUUCUCCAGCCUCCCGCCCUCCAGCCUCCUCCAGCCUCCCGCCCUCCUGUAUCCUCCCGCCCUCGGUGUUCUCCAGCCUCCCGCCCUCCUGUAUCUCCUCCCCCCUCGGUGUUCUCCAGCCUCCCGCCCUCCUGUAUCUCCCACCUCGGUGUUCUCCAGCCUCCCGCCCUCCUGUAUCUCCCGCCCUCGGUGUUCUCCAGCCUCCCGCCCUCCUGUAUCUCCCGCCUCGGUGUUCUCCAGCCUCCCGCCCUCCUGUAUCUCCCGCCCUCGGUGUUCUCCAGCCUCCCGCCCUCCGUGUUCUCCAGCCUCCCGCCCUCGGUGUUCUCCAGCCUCCCGCCCUCCUGUAUCUCCCCCGCCCUCGGUGUUCUCCAGCCUCCCGCCCUCCUGUAUCUCCCGCCCUCGGUGUUCUCCAGCCUCCCGCCCUCCUGUAUCUCCCGCCUCGGUGUUCUCCAGUGUUCUCCAUCUCCCGCCCUCGGUGUCCCGCCCUCCCGCCCUCCUCCAGCCUCCCGCCCUCCUGUAUCUCCCGCCCUCGGUGUUCUCCAGCCUCCCGCCCUCGGUGUUCUCCAGCCUCCCGCCCUCGGUGUUCUCCAGCCUCCCGCCCUCCUGUAUCUCCCGCCUCGGUGUUCUCCAGCCUCCCGCCCUCCUGUAGCCUCCCGCCCUCCUGUUCUCCAGUCCAGCCCAGCCUCCCGCCCUCGGUGUUCUCCAGCUCCAGCCUCCCGCCCUCCUGUAUCUCCCGCCCUCGGUGUUCUCCAGCCUCCCGCCCUCAGUGUUCUCCAGCCUCCCGCCCUCAGUGUUCUCUCCCGCCCUCAGGUGCCUCCCGCCCUCGGUGUCUCUCCCCGCCCUCCUGUAUCUCCCGUCGUGUUCUCCAGCCUCCCGCCCUCCUGUAUCUCCCGCCCCCGGUGUUCUCCAGCCACCCGCCCUCCUGUAGCUCUCCCGCCCUCGGUGUUCUCCAGCUCCAGCCUCCCGCCCUCCUGUAUCUCCCGCCCUCGGUGUUCUCCAGCCUCCCGCCCUCCUGUAUCUCCCGCCCUCGGUGUUCUCCAGCCUCCCGCCCUCGGUGUUCUCCAGCCUCCCGCCCUCGGUGUUCUCCAGCCUCCCGCCCUCGGUGUUCUCCAGCCUCCCGCCCUCGGUGUUCUCCAGCCUCCCGCCCUCGGUGUUCUCCAGCCUCCCGCCCUCGUUCUCCAGCCUCCCGCCCUCGGUGUUCUCCAGCCUCCCGCCCUCGGCCCUCGGUGUUCUCCAGCCUCCCGCCCUCGUUCUCCAGCCUCCCGCCCUCGGUGUUCUCCAGCCUUCUCCCGCCCUCGGUGUUCUCCAGCUUCCCGCCCUCGGUGUUCUCCAGCCUCCCGCCCUCGGUGUUCUCCAGCUUCCCGCCCUCGGUGUUCUCCAGCCCUCGGUGUUCUCCAGCCUCCCGCCCUCGGUGUUCUCCAGCCUCCCGCCCUCGGUGUUCUCCAGCCUCCUCAGCGAUGGCAACAGUUUCUGUGUCUAAGGGUGUGUUUUCCUUUAAGAGAAGUAAAGGCAAUAAGAGAAAAGUGUGCGGUAUCUCAUCACUGGACUACUGGAGUGAAGUGGAAGAUGAGGACAUUAAAGAAGUUAAUUACAAGAAUUAUGUAAAGUGCUGGCAAAUGGUCACCAAUAUUCUCAACGUAAGUAUACAAAAAAUAUAAAAAUUAAGGAAACUGCAGAAGGCCCAUUAGCCCAUGUGAGGACCAAUGGGCCUCAAUGACCCAGUGGGUCAUUCUUUCCUAUUUCAUCUCCAACCAAACUCAUAUAUACAUGUCUCGCCUUCUUCUGAAGCAAUCCAGCAAUCCCACAUCUAUUAUGCUACCCAAUCAUGUGCUACAUAAGUCAACAACACUGUUCCCAAAC